AUGUGGUGCACAUGCGGGUGGCGUCGGAGCAGGACAGGAGGUGCACCAGCGGGCGGCGGCGGACAGGACAGGAGUUGGCCCUCCAUCAGGCGGCGGUGGGUCACGAUAGGAGGUGGUACACCAGCGGGCGGCGGCGGGGCAGAACAGGAGGUGGUGCACCAGCGUCCGGCGUUGGGGCAUGAUAGGAGGUGCACCAGCGGGCUGUGGUGGGCCAGGACAGUAGGUGGUGCACCAGCUGCCAGCGGCGAGGCACUACAGGAGGUGGUGCACCAACGGCCGGCGGCGGGGAAGGACAGGAGUUGGUGCACCAGCGGGCGGCGGCGGGGCAGGACUGGAAGUGGUUCACAAGCGGGCGGCGGCGGGGCAGGAAGGAGGUGGUACAUCAGCGGGCGGCGGCGGGAUAGGACAGGUGGUGCAUCAGCGGGCGGCUGUGGGGCAGGACAGGAGGUGGUGCACCAGCGAGCGGUGGAGGUGCAGGACACGAGGUGGCGCAGCAGCGGGCGGCACCGAAGCAGGACAGGAGAUGGUACACCAGCGGCCGGCUCCGGGGCACUACAGGUGUAG